GGCUCUAGACAGAUAGAUACAUAGAUACAUAGAUAGAGACAGACACUUACACUACGUACAUACAUUCAUGCUAUGAGAUUCAUGGUUGAUCGAAGAUACCACUGUGUGGUGGCCGUGUGCUACGUGCUGCAUUGCUCGCUCCUGGCAGGCGCGAGCUACUGGCCGCCCCGAUACAACGCAUUCGUGGCGCAGUUCCUCUACGGCCAGAACCGAGCUCGCUACAGCGUGGGUGUUCCGCCGCUGGUGUGGGACAACCGGCUGGCAGCGUACGCGCAAUGGUGGGCAAACCAGAAGCAGGCGUCGGGCAACUGCUAUCUCCAGCACUCGGGGGGUCCCUACGGCGAGAACAUCUUUUGGGGGCGGGGCAAGCCGUGGAGCCCGUCCGAGGCCGUCGACGCCUGGGUGGACGAGCGCCGCUGGUAUGACUACUACUCCAACUCGUGCCUCUUCAACGACGACUGUGGCCACUACACACAGAUCGUGUGGAGAAGCUCAACGCGGGUGGGAUGCGCAAGAGUCACCUGUGCCGACGGGGACGUGUUCAUGAUCUGCAACUACGAUCCCCCAGGGAACUACAUUGGCCAGAGGCCUUACUAGCUACCUCUCUACCUCUCUCCAAUUCUCAUCUCGCGCGAUCCACAGUCGCUCACUCAACUCUACACAGGGGGUGAGGGGUAUUCACAAAAACCACCUAUGUCUCUCUCUCUCUCUCUCUCUGAGAGUCUCUACUCUCUCACAUCUUGAACUCCACCUUGCCCGUCACCACGAUUGGCUGCCGAAGCACCACUCGAGUAGCUUGGCCCUCCGCAGCUAGCUUGCCCAGCGAUCCUGCCUCCUUGGGUGGCGUGCCAGGAGCGGUCCAUAACUGUGCGGAACGAAGGUCAGUCCAGUGAAAUAAAGAGAAUCAAAGAAAAGAAAAAA